CGUUUCGAACCAGGGCUCCGGGGCGGGGCGGCAGCGGUCUCUCGGCGCCUGCGCGCGGUUUCGGUUCGUGCGGCGGCGUGGGGAGCGCCCGGAGCGGCCUGGGUGCUCUGCGGCGCCAUGGCCCCCGUGCUGAACCUCAACAACGAGGUUGUGAAGAUGAGAAAAGAUGUGAAGAAGGCCAGAGUCCUCACUAUUCGCAAACUAACCAGACACAUCGGGAAAUUAAAGUUGAAAAAGGGUUCAGAAGACUUGAAAUUAAAGAACCAAAAACGAGUUGAGAGAUUAAUAGAAGAAAUCCAUGCCAUGAAGGAAAUAAAACCAGAUGAAGUUACCAGACUUGCUCUUAGGACAGAAGUUAAUUUUGAAAGUGUCUGCAAAAAGCCAAACUGUACUGCAGCUGAGCGAGCCAUGGCAAGACUUGCAACACACCCCACCUUGAAGCCCAGAUUUGUUGAACUUAAAGCUGCUGUUAAAGCUUUUAAGGAUGCAAGGAAGAACCCAGACAAAGCCACUCCUGUGAAAAAGGAUCAGUCAGAAGAACAGCCUAAAUCAGCACAACAUUCCAAUAACAACUUGGAUGACCAAGCUUGUAAGCGGCCUCAAAAACAGCAAGGAUAUGAACACAAAACAAAACCAGGCAUGAAAGUAGAAACUGACAAAGUGGUUGAAGAGCUCUGUGAGAGUGAAUCUGAGCAGAAAACUGUGGAAAUGGAGAGAGUGUAUGCUCCAGAAACACCUUCAUUUCAGGCAGUAGAAAUGCAAACAGUUACUCAAAACAAAACAGAAAAGAAACUUGACUAUCAAAAAAGGAAAGAAAAUAUGAGUAUGAACAAGUUAAAUGCAAUAAAAGAAAGAAUUGAUGAUAGUGACCAAGAGCAUGAAAAGGAAUACUUUGAUGAUAGUACUGAAGAGAGGUUUUACAAUGAAUCAUCAGAUUCUGACAGUGACAGCAAUGAUGAUUUCUUCAUUGGAAAAGUAAAAAAGAAGAAAAAAGUAGCAGCAGUUAAUAGUUUUUCUUCAACAAAAGAAAAGGGUAGUGUUCAGAAAAAAGUAAUGAAAACAGAGAAGAGUACAGAGACUGGGACAGCAGAGGAUUUGAUCAUGGAAGAGAAGAAGUCACUUGCAAAAGCAAGCAAGCUGGAGUCAGUGUUCUGCAGUUCUUUGUCUACCACCAAUCAGAAAUCUCAGAACAGAAGAAAUACUAAACACCAGCCUCUCAAAAAGGAAAGAACAGGUUUUCUUAAAAAUGAAACAAAGCUUAAGAAGAAGCCAUUUGCAAAAGCUUCAGGGGAUAUUAAAUGCAACAAUAAGAAAGCAUCUUUGGAGCAGCCUCUUCAUCCUUCAUGGGAAGCAAGCAGGAAACGCAGAGAGCAAAUGUCUCAAAUUACAGCAUUCCAGGGGAAAAAGAUUAAAUUUGAUGACUAGACUAUAUGUAAAUGGGGGUUCUAAGAAAAAUUUUUUUGCAGCUACUAUUUGAACAUCGUUGUUAUACUGUCCAUAUCCUUUGCAACUUCCAAAAUUGCAACUAUUAUUUACCAUCAUAGAAUAUCAAGAUUGUUUCAUUCAUUCUUCGUGCUGUCUGGUGAUUAAUGUAAUGGCCAUUUGGUUCAUAAGUCCCAUUAUGCAGUACCACCAUUCAUGAAAUAUACCCUGACGUGAAUAAAGGGUUUUUAGGAGCAUAAUUUGUGCCCUGUAGAAAUAGUAUAGAUUCUUUGGAGAGGAGUUUGGAAGGGUUUGUUUUUUUUAUUUAAAAAAAUGUGCUUUAUAUGAGAACUUGAUUGUCAGAAGAAAGGUUGUCAUAUCUCAACCCAGACAAAGUAAAAGAUUCUUAAAAUUUAAAUUUAUAAAUUUAUCAGUGUAUCAUGUAGCUGGAAAAGUCAAUCCAUUUUGAGCAUAAUAUGAAAAUUUCUGUAGAGAAUAAAAUAUUGUGCUUUUAAGUUGUGAUCUCUGUCCUCUGAUUAUACUGCCAAUUUGAAGAAAUUAAGAGGUGUCUUUAAUACUUUGUUCUGGUAGUUACGUCUGGAUUUUUCAACAUGUGUGUCUUCCACUUUCUGAAAGAAUGUGGAAAUGUGAAGAAACUUUGUACAUUAAGAAGCAUUUGACUUUUAAGUGCCAGUCUGACACUGGGAGUUCUUCUGAUUAGAAUAUGACAAAAAAAGUUAAUUGAAUACUUCAAGUGCUUUUUCUAUUACCUAAUUGAAGGAAAUUCUGAACAUGUAAUUAAUCUUUAAUAGUGUUGUUUAUUUAAAUAUAGUUACCUUUCAUAAUCAAAUUAAUUCAUAAACUUGGUAAAUGACUGGACUGUACUAUUCAUGUAGCAUUUUAAGAUGCCUGAGGAAAGCCCUGCAUCACCUCAAAGGCCCAUCUAACCUAGUAUGUUUGAAACUAGUUAAAAAAGGAUGCUUUAAGAACAGAAGGAGCACACAGUGAUACAUCAUGCAACAUCCAUCUCUUCAAGCUUCCAGUUUCACAGCGCAGUGACAUCUUGUGAUAUUGUAGCUUAUGGAGUUUAAUAAUCCUUGAUCAAUCAAUUUCCUUUCUUCAGAUUUGUCUGCUCUUACAUCCCUGGAAACUUGUAGAGUAUGUCAUCCUUAAAGGCGUAGAUGACAUAUUCCUACAUACUGCAGUCUGAAAAAGCCUAGUGUUUUUCUUUGCCUCCUGGGCUGUAUUAGAAAAUGUUGCCAGCAGUAUGAGGAUCCUUGCCCUGGACUAAGCACAGAUAAUGCUACAUUAUACACAUCCCAUCUUGUGUUAAGUUCUUGAGGACAAAACCUUCAAGUUGGUCUGUUCUGGAUUAAUAUUUAGGCAUGGUUUGCCUCACUAGUUAGGCUUUCUUUUCUAUGUACUGAACAAAUGUCAGUAUAUGUAAUACUGUCUUUAAUGUCAUUGCCUCCCAGAGGAGUGAGAAAUUCAAACCAUCUUCCAUUUCAAAGUGGUUUUGUUGCUGUUAUUUUCACUGUACCAUAUGGAACAGUAUUGAAGGCCAAAACUUGCAAAAUGAAGCAUAGAAAAAUGUUUACUGUGGUUUUGUAAGGUUAUAUUUCACAGAAAAAGCCACGCAUUUACCUGCUUUCUACAAACUUCAGGAUUUUCAGAUGCAAAUUAAAGCUUUAAAUACAACAAGUAAAUAAAUCCUAGAUGA